ACAGAGCCUACGCCUAUCCGUGCUGCAAACCCUCGACUAAACCCUCUCCCCUUUGUUCCGAUUUCUCUAUCCCUCCUUAUUUUCUUCCUCUGUCGGCUCCGAGCCAUCAUCGAUAUUCAGUAGCAGCGAUGGCGAGCGAGAUCUUGCCGUUUCCUACUGAUAAUCUCCAUACGAUCUUCGUCGACAGUAAUGUCGACACGCAUCUUGCUUUGGUUGUCUCUCUCUACGACACCAUCAGCGAAGUCAAAGCAAAAAUAGCUGCCGAACACGCUCUUUGCUUCCAGGGUAUCGGAGAAAUCAGCAUUCAGGCAAUAAAGGUGAGGCGCCGUGGUUUCUUCUAUAACUUAACAGAUUCAAUGUAUGUCUUGAAUGCUUUUGAUGGAGUUCAGGGGAGCUGGUUUGUCUGCAUUGAUAUUGUCUCUAUCUGCACUGUCAAGAAUCAAAAGAUACUUCCCAACGAAGUCACAAAUGAACAAAUGAAGCACCAUGAUAAUGCAGUUCCUGUUUGUAGUGUGGACAAGCAUCAAGAGAUUGUUUUUUGUGGAUUAUCACCUAAAAAUAUUGACCCUGAUGGACAAAAAAGUCUUAAUCCAAUCAUAGACCAUGGUCGUAGGCCAACUAUGUUGAUUGAUCAAGAGAAGGGUGAUAGAAGAAAAGAUGAUUGCAAGAAUCUUGGCACUGAAGCUAGUGAUGCCAUGCCUUCUGCUACUUGCACACAUAAAACAAUAUUCUCAAAAACGAGCAAGACAUCACAACAGGAUAAAUUACUUGAAAGCCAAUCACAGCAUUAUUUUGUAGAGAAGAAAAGUAGUAAGAAGCUAAAGGGUGGUUUACAUGAAGAACACCUUGAAGUCUGUAGAAGACAGAACAAAUUCGAUAGAAGUGAAGAUAUUGAUGAGUCUAAUAAAACAACGAAUGCUUCACCAAAAUUUAAUUGUGAUCGAAAAAAGGAAAUUCUUGCUAAUUAUUCUGAAGGAUUACCAAGUAAAUUACCUCAUGAGAAUGCCAUAUCUCUUCAAAAUACCCCACUUGAGAAGCAUACUAAGAAAAGGAAAAGCAAGUCGUCCAAAUCUCAUGAAGUGGCUUGCCUUGCUAUGCCAUCUGAAACUGCUGUUGUUGUAGAGAAGAAAAGUGGUAAGAAGCUAAAGGAUGGCUUGCAUGAAGAACACCUUGAAGUCUGUAGAAGACAGAACAAAUUCAAUAGAAGUGAAGACAUUGAUGAGUCUAAUAAAACAACGAAUGCUUCACCAAAAAUUAAUUGUGAUGGAAAAAAGGAAGUUCUUGCUGAUUAUUCAGAAGGAUUACCAAGUAAAUUACCUCAUGAGAAUGUCAUAUCUCUUCAAAAUACCCCACUUGAGAAGCAUACGAAGAAACGGAAAAGCAAGUCGUCCAAAUCUCAUGAAGUGGCUUGCCUUGUUAUGCCAUCUGAAACUGCUGUUGUUAGAUCACCUCAAGUAAUAACAGAUCCACAAAAUUCGGGAAAAGAGGGCAAUGCUUCUAUCUUCUCAGAAAAAUGUCCCAUUGAACCAAACAUCGAAAAAUUAUUGCCAAAUGAUGAAGGAGAUACGAGCACAACACAUGAUACUGCAAGCUUUCUGGAAGUUGCCAAUCAGAAAGAAACCGGGCAUUCUAUGGAAGUAAUUAAAGAACCUAUCGAAGAACAGAUUCUUCAAAUCAAUCCUGAAAAUCGAAGCCAAAAGCAUAUGAAUUCAAGUCAAUAUACCAAUGCUUUCAGUUCUAAAGAACCUGCAGAGGCCAAAGUUUCUUCUCAAGAAGUUUCCGAAUUUCCAAUUAAAUCACCCUAUGAGAAUACCAUAUCUCUUCAAAAUCCCCAACUUGAGAAGCACACUAAGAAAAGAAAAAGAAAGUCGUCCAAAUCUCAUGAAGAGGCUCCUAUUGUUAUGCCAUAUGGAAGUGUAGUUGUUAGAUCACCUCAACAAAGAUCAGAUUCACACAAUUCACGGAAAGAAACCAGUGCUCAUAUCUUCUCAGGAAAAUACCCUCCUGAACCAAGUAUAGAGGAGUCAUUGGCAAAUGAUGAAAAAGAUAUGAGCACAUCACAUGAUACUGCAAGUUUUUUGGAAGUUUCCAAUCAGAAAGAGAGCAGGCGUUAUUUGAAAAUAAAUGAAGAACCUAUUGAAGAACAUAUUCUUCAAGUCAAUCCUGAAGAUCAAAGCAAAAAGCAUUUGAAUUCAGUUCAAGGUACUAAUGUUGAUGUAAAUCUUGAAGAAACUGCAGAGGCUAGAGUUUCUUCACCUUUAGCAUCUGAAUCUACAACUAAGUUGUACUGCAGCACAGAUAAGUACCAGAGUCAAUCAAGCAAAAUUUUAGAACCUAAAGAAGCAAAUGAUCAGGAAAGCAGGGAGUUCUAUGCUACAAAGUGUAUAACAGAUUUGAAUUUGGGAGAAGCUGGAUAUGUAAAUGCAAAUAUAGGAAUUUCUGCAUCUGCUGAAAAGUUCCCUUCCCAUGAGCAAGCCACUAAUGCAGUUUCCAGUCUGAAAGGAGCCAAUAAGGAAUGUGUUUUUGCAAAAGUUGAUUAUAAAGGUUUAAGCAAGUCACAACGCACCACCAAAAAAUCAAAAGCUGAAUUAUCUAGGGUUUGUGAGUCUGCAGAGUUAAAUGGACGUAAAGAUCAAUUCAAUUCUGAUAAUGCUCAGGUUUCCUUAAAUGAUGCUCAGAAUGAAUCCAAUGCUGCAAAAUUUAUCAAACAAGCUGAUCAGAAAGCUGAUGGAGAUCAUAGUAUAGAUGCUAUAAUUAAAAUAUUGUCAUCCUUCAAGAAAAUUCCUAACCAAGAGGAAGUCUCUGACAUGAAUUCAGGUAAUCCUCCAAUUUGCAUUCCUAAUAAUUUAAGCGAAGCAUGCGAUGCAUUUGUUAAACAAGCUGCAGAGAUCAGUGUUCCUUCACAGACAUCUUCUGAAGUUCAAGCUAAGCCAAGCCGAAGCAGGAAAAAGUCCAAGUGUGAGCCAUCUAAACUCAGAUCUCAAGAAAAUAGUGAUGUUUUGUUACUGAAAUUUAAUGGCUUGGUACCUGAAUCCAAUGACGAAAGAGGAUCUGAUCCAUCUAAACUUUCGAACAAGUCCAAUCAAAAAAUAAAUCUGCAUUGCAUGGAUGCGAGGGUGAAUGCCCCUCUGUCUGUUGAAAAUUCAUCAAAGCUGGUUGAACUACCUCAAGUAAAUCCCUUCGAAUCUCCAAGUUGCAAGCUCCAAGAUUUCACUGAGCAAUCCAAUGCCGAAAUCAUAUUUAAAGGUCAUGUUACCCAACAUGAACCCUUGGCAGCUCCAACUAAAUCUAAGUGUGACAGGAAGAAGUCCAAAAAGGAAUCAUUAAAAUCUCAAGUUUCUUCAGAAAUGAGUGAGCCUGCACGGUUUUGCAGACCAGACGAUUCUACCAUAAAACCUGAUGAUUACCUUGGUCCCAGGGAAGGCAAGCAUGAUCCAGCUGUUCACGCAGCAGAUCCUCCAUCUGGAAAAUCUGAAUCUAGAAAGAAAAACAGUACUAACGAGAAAACUGAUAUAAAACAGCCCAAUCAGGAUUCUCCCACCAACUUAGUUCAGCCUUCUUCGAAUAAACAGCAUUUAGCUAUUGGUGAGCCUCUAGAAAAUGAUAUUAAUCAUGAGACGGUCGAUGUUGUACAUGGUACUGGAACUAAGGAUUCUAAGACUGGAAUUGUACGUAAAGCUAAAAACACAAAGCAAUCAGGUAAACAGAACUCGUCUUUUGGUAAAAUUGAAUCUGACUCGUCUCUCCAUGAAACUCACGACAAGCCCAAGCUUGAUAAGAAGCUUCAUAAUUUUGAGCCUGAAUCGAAUGUUCAGCUAUCAAAAUCAGGGGCUAUUGGGGAUAAACAAAGGAAGAAGAUCGUAGCAGAUGGGAAGGGGAAGACUCAAUCACUUGUACCCGAUCAUGACAUUGACAAUAUGGUUUCCAAAGAUGAUGUUCGGUACAAGUUCCUCAAUUCUUCAACCACAAGUAACCCUUUAGGUGAUGCUGUUGGCUCUAAUAAUGCUGAUGUUUCUCAGAGUGAUGUGAUGGCCACUGAGGUAGCAUCAAGUGAGAGCACACAGGACACGCCUUAUCAGAAAGGGCGAUAUAGAGUUGUUAGAAAAAACCCAAGUAGCAUACUUAGCGAUGCUUCGGUUACAAGCUCUGAGAGUGAAAAUGACACUUGCAAAAAGAAGGCUUCCAUAAAGACUGCUUUAGAUGAUUUAUCCGUAUCUGUAGACCCGGAGAGUCACCUUGAGGAAGUGCAGACAAAGGCCAGUGCAUUGAAACUUCCGUUGGUCAUAAACUUCUUUGGUGCUGAGUCAGAUGAACGUGGUGAAAUUAGCAAAAAAACUGAUGGUAGGACGAAAAAUCAUAGCAGAUCUGAUGAUUCUGCACGGAAAACGCCUCUUAGUUUUAUUCUCAAGAGCUCGAUCAGCUACAAGAAGUCGAAGAUUACUGCUUCGCAGUCAGAGUUUCCUGAAAGCCAGCCAAUGGGUAUGGUUCUAGAGACUCAGCCUGAAUCUGCUGUACCAUGAAAACUUUUUACACCCAUAUAUGGAAGCGCAUAAACUCAGCUUCAAUUUUUGGAGUCUUAUAUAAAAUAUAAAACCUAUUGCAAGGAACGUUUUAUCAUCAUUUGGUGUAAGUUUUUUUAUCGCAACUAUUUAUCAGUGAUAAUGAUUCAUGAACACAAUUUUCAAUGAAUAGUGAUUAUUAUGGGCUCUGGAAAUUCA